AUGCUGAACUCGACUGUGGAGCUGAUCGCCCUCUGGGCGUCGUCCCGCCCGUCGCUCCUGGCCUUCUGCUUCUCCCACCUCAUCAUCGCCGUCCUCCUCGGCGACCGCGGCUGCGCGUCGGAACUGGGUACUGACGGUGACGGCCGUGGAGAGUUGGCUCCGGAAGGUGACCAAGCUGAACCCCUGCGCGGUGUCCAAGUACACGGAGGGGCAAAGUGCAAUGGGGGGCAGGAGGGUCCGGCCGCCACCACGAAAAUCAUCGCCGGCCGCGGCCGCGCCGGCGAGGGCGUCGCCGGAGCGGGCGAGGUUGACGCAGGUGCUGUCCAGUUGGACGCUAGCGGAGAUAACAGUGGAGGUGAGGGAGAGUCCGUUGGCGCUGACGCCUCGUCGCAAGAAAAACGCGAUGGCGAUGCAGAGGAGGAUGAGCUGAUGGUGCGGGCCGAGGAGUUCAUCCAGAGGAUGAACCGAGCCUGGAGGACGGAGAACGUGUGCCUCUGCUGA